GUUGGUCAACUUUGCCAAUCAAUGUACGCAGUUACGUGGACAGGCCGUUAUAUAUAUAUAUCAGAAUAACUAGAUAGAAAAUUACUCACCAACUACCUAUUCUAGACGAGCAGUCAUCCUAUUCCGCAAUGUUGAACAUUUCAGGAACCAGUUCCGCUCCGAAAUCGAUUCCGUUCAAUUCCGGGAACUCGAUCGACACAUAAUAUCCGAUACCCACUCGAAAAUUGAUCGAGUUCCGUCCAAUUCCGGAAUUGGUAGGAAUUCCGUAUAAUUCCGGAAUCGGUAGGAAUUCCGGAAUCGGUAGGAAUUUCGUGUAAUUCCGUAAUUAGAAGUAGUUAACGCAAUUCCGGAAUUGGUGGGAAUCGGUAAGAAUUCCCAGGAAUUCCGUCCAAUUCCACUGAAUUCCGUCUUGAUGCAAUUCCCGGAAUUCCGUAACGGAAUUAGAUCGUAUCCAAACGGGAUAACUUAUCAACACAACACAACAAAUGUGGGUGAGGUGGAUGGUGUGAUUCCGGUACGGAAUUCCGGAAUCGGAACCAAUUCCCGCAAUUCCGGAAUCGGUAGGAAUUCCGUGCAAUUCCGGAAUCGGUGGGAAUUCCGUGCAAUUCCGGAAUCGGUCGAACUCGAUCAAUCUCGACUGGGUGUCUUAUGUUGUGUGUCGAUCGAGUUCCCGGAAUUGGACGGAAUCGAUUCCGGUGCGGAACUGAUUCCUACAAUGUUCAACAUCGCGGAAUAGGAUGCAUUCUCUUCUAGACUUUGCGAUUCGAACUUAUAGAAACAAAACAUUUUGUAAAAGAGUGUGGAUGUGGGUGGGUGACGGUAUGAGUAAGUGGAAGAGGUAAAUUGAAUACCUAUAUCCACACCCACGCCCUCAUGUACUACUGCGUCUAUAUCCACAUUAAUCCUGUUUGAGAAUUACUUUAAGUAGUUCAUUCUUUAUUAAAGAGUGAAUCAAAAUUGUAUAUUUUCAGAUCGAGCACAAGCAGUACUGCUAUCAGUACAACAACAACAACUGCAACAACAACAACAAUAACAACAACAACGGCUGUUAAUACUUUGGCGAAUGCACCGAAUAUAUCUAAUAAUAUAAAUGAACCAAUGAUCAUCGGCUUAUCACUAUUAGGCUUGGGAAUUCUGUUAACUUUAUGUUGUUGCUGUUGGUGGUGGUUGUUCUGCUAUGGAUCCGAUCGUCGACGUAACAGACAAAAACCAAAGAGGGACCAAACGAAAUCUAUAUUUCGUAGUGAACAGUCAUCACCUAGAUUAAGUUUACUUACGUCAACUUUACCCAGCAAACAGAAGUUGGUGUCAAUACGAGGACGUCAUUAUGACAAACAUCACAAAACACAUAAAAGUGCUAUGAUUUAUCCAUUAAAUACUAGUAAUGAGUACAAAAACGAAAAUAAUGUACAAAAAUAUCAACGGAAUCAUCCCAGUAAUGCGAGCUUAAUUCAUCAAAGUAGUUUUAAUGAAUCAUUAUCAACCGAAACAAAUUCCGACGUUGAAGAGCCAUUCUCAGAUGCUGAUAACAUUGGCAAGACCGAUUGUUUCAAAUUACCGAGUACUGAAACAAUGAACGUUAGCAUUAUAAAACUGCCGAGAGUAACAGCAUCAGCACCGAUUGAUCAAGGAAUACAGACAUCAAAAUCGCACUGCUCAACUUCUCAAACCUUGCUCACAAACGAUAAAGCACUGUUAAAAUUCAAACAAAAUAAUUCAACUACUAUAAACCAACGUAAAUCAAUGCCGCUGAAUUAUAAAGAUACAUUACGUAUAUCGCACGAGUUUUUCUCGUCGGCAAAAGUCAACAACACUUCGGCAGUUCGCAUCGUCAAAAUCAAGAAUUUGAAAUUAUCAUCAUUAGUGUCCAAUGAUCCUACUAUAGGAAUUGAUAAAUAA